GGUGAAUAUAACAGCCUAAGUUGCAGAGCCGUGGGCUCCAACACGGCAGUUUAUUCUUUGUAUACUAUCCAAUAUCCAUUUUCCCCGUAGAUAUAAGAUUCGAGUAAUAAUAGAAUCGAAAUAGUGUUAAAAAUCUGCGUGGGUGCCUGGCCAGCUAUCGAAUCUCGGAGAACCCCAGAAAAAACAAACAUACAAAAUUUCACAAAAAUAAUACAAUCUGGACGAGUGGGAGAUGGUAGAUCUGCGAUAUUUCGACGGCAUACCGCAGCGACGCUUCUUAUUCUGUUCAAAACGACUGAGGCGUCGCGACGUGAAGCUAUUCUGUUACGUGAUCAUAAAUCAGGCCUGAGUUUCACAGCUUUGCACGCAAUUUUCCUUUCCUAGUGCUUUACAUAAGCCGUAUUCACAUUCCUAACUACAUUUAGAGAUACAAGAUGUCGUCGAAAAGGACGAUACUGAGUCGGCCUAGGACCAAGCUGUAUGACUCCAACUACAAUAUUGGCGAGAGCUACUACAGACCUGCUUUGGAAAGGCUAGAUAGAAAAUAUUCGGGAAGGCCGUUGUCACCGGUACGCAGUACACCUACGCCAUUUUCUGACAUAGCAGACAGACACGCCCGCAUUUUUGCCGACGAAGACUUAGACGCCUCCAGACGUCGUGCUGCCUCCCACAUUCGCGAAGAGCAUCUGUUUGAUUCCCGUGGAGGACGCGUCACUAGAGCACAGGCACUUGCCAAUUCCAUGGAACAACAGUUCGACGAAGAGGUGCGACGCUUUUUCGGAUAGAUAUAGAUAGUCACAUUCAUAUACAGGGUGUUGAAAGAAACCAUAGUGUGACCAGAUUUGGGGAGCUGACUGCAAAGUUUUAGUUGCCUCAUCACGUAAUGAUAUGAUACAAUAAAAAAUAGUCAGCCAAACAGCAAAUUUGUUGUUGGGCAUCAUAAUAUGUAAGAUUUGACUAGUUUUUAACGUAUCACAUCAGUACGCGAUGUAACCCAAACUUUGCGGUCGGCCAUUCGACUAUUACCAGCUUACAAAAAACAGCGAGCUAUCCUUGGCUUGGCGAUUCGCUCAUAGAUAGUUCGACAUUCUGCUCAUAAAAUGUUUAGAAAACGCUUUGUGGACGCCAUGUUUUGGCUUACAUCUUUUAACUUUCUCUAAUUUACUCGCCUUGUUUAACUGCCUUCUCUUGAUAUAACUACUCAGAGGUCCAAUAUGCAAGGAACCUUACUUGGCAUUCGGUAUCCUCAUUAAGCCUUUGAUGAGCCUGAGCAAGUGCAUACUAUGUAUGAGGGACCGUCGUAGGUCUAUAAAUACAGAAUCUAGCUUUAUUUGUCAUUUUUGAGCGCGUUCAGCCAACAUAAUGCGAUCCAUAGGUACAGCACUUUCAUGCUGAAAAGCAGUAGUCGUGAAAUAGCUUUGGCAGUUCUCACCAUAAGAUCCACAUUUAUAAUCGACCCUUAAUGGCCAAGUGCCGGUUGAGGGUUGAUCAAACCUUGGAUGUUGAACAAUAAUACGCACCCUUGUGUGAUUCGCAAGUGGGGAUUCAAGUUCUCAUCAAGGGUGUUCAGAUUUUUCAGACAAGUCAAGAUUUUUAUAGUUUACAAAAUUGAAAAUUUUGAAAACCUUGAAACCUGAGAACUUUGGAACUUUUGAAAACCUUGAAUAUGUAAACAUUGAAUGUUUUGAAAAUUUUAAAUAAUUCGCGAAUCUUACAUUUUUUUUAAAUUUUGGUAAUUUAAUCAAUUUGAAAAUUUUUAAAUCUGGCUAUUCAAGGGAAUUAUAAAAAACUGGAAAAUUUGUAAAUUGAUGAGUUUAUAAAGUUUGAAAAUCAAAAAUUUGUAAAAUUUAGAAUAUUUUGAAAGUACUGAAAAUUUGUAAAAUGAAAAAAGAAAUACCUUGAAAGUCUCUUGUGUCUGUAACGUGCAAAUGUUAAGCUUCCACUUGAGAGUGUUGCUAUUUGUUCAAAUUCCGAGGACUGAUCAGCCCCCAAUUGGGACUCAAGGAUCAACUAUAAAUGUGGGCCUUAGUCAGCAAACUAUCAAAUUGGAUAGCAAAGUCAAAACUGCAGUCAACCUGAUAAAUCUAUCUCAUGGCUAUCGCUAUUCACCAUAAAAGCGCUACAAUCCGUUACGUUGGAUGAAUGCUCUCAUCUUUAUUUUUUGGAAUUAGAAAUCAAAAUAGUAGCAAGCUUUGGCUCUCUAUCACCAUGAAUUCUGAGGAUCUGCUCAUCUUCUUCCGGUGGAAAAAUCAUUCCGGAUUGAAAAGUUGAUUUGACCUUGAAACAGGCUUGAUGUUCAAUGCCAAUUCUAAAAACACCAGCGGGUAGUUAGGACAUCUCAGGCAUCUUCUCUAUUCUUUUAGUAUUUACCCAACCAAGGCAUUUUUUGUUUUUGAUCUUGAGAUACUUUGAAGGUUAGAGGACUGCUUGUGGAAGGAAGACGGAGUAGUGGAAAUGUAUAGAUAGAUAAACUUUGACACAGGAUAAAAACUUAAACUCAGUACCAAGGCCAUCAAUAAACAGACGACUUUGUAAAAUGUAUAAUUAAGUCUUUUUAAUGCCCUUUUUGGUGAUUAAAGACUUUUACACUCUUUGCAAUUGCGAAGAUUCAAAUUGACCUUAAAUUUACUAACUGAGUUGCAAUCAAUUUAUCAUUUAAGCUUGUGUAGCAUUAGUAAGACAUAAAAUAGUCUUAUUAGGGAUUUUUUGAACACCUUGCAAGAAAGAUUCAAAAACAACUGCGAGAAUGUGUCGCUUCUUUUUUCUAUUUAAUUAUUGUUUGUUUAUUUUUUCAUCAUUAGCUUGGCGAUACUACUUUCAUUCAUCUUUACUAUUCAGCAAAUUAAUUCGACAACUGUUCAUUCAAACUACACAUUACUUUUAUUUUGUAGUUUCGCUAUGCUAAAUUCUGUGCAAUGAAAGUGUGAGAUGACGGUUUUGAGAAAAUUAUCAAAAGAUGUUGAUGUUUUUUCCCGUACAAGUAUGAAUAUGUCUCACUGAAUGACUGUCUGUAUCGACUGAGGAAUCAGUGAACAUAACAUUUGACUAUACAUAUAUAUAUGACAAUCUUUAUCGCUUAUCGCAUUUAAAAAUGCAUUUCACAUUUUUUUUGCAUUUUAACCGUCAGACUCGCUUUCAUAUUUAGAGCAACCCUUAAAACUGUCGUGUCUGCACAUUGUUAACACAUUACAAAAAAGGAUUUAUUUCAAACAGCGUUUACCUUUAUCUGUUAGUUACACAAUAUCUGGGUGGUUUUGAAAUAUAGGAAUAGGUGUUUUAUUAACUUGUUUUAGUUUCUAUUGAAAUGUAUACUUUUGUUUGGAAUAAUAUACUUCUGUUAGUACAAGCGUUUGAUAUUGAUGAGUUGAGCACUGAGGUAUUUGCGAGGAUUUUCAAGUUGUUUAUUUCCAAUACUGUUUAGAAAGCCAUCAAGUUUCAGACUGACAAAAUGCUGCACUGUAUAGACAUGUUCUGGAAAUGAGUUUCUGGUAGUUGUCGAUAGUAGGAAGCAACAGCUUAACUAACAAAUUAGUUUGGCGCUUAGAGCUGAGUAACAUUUUAUUAAAUUCGGUUGUUCAACUGAAUUUGACGGUUGUAUACCGUUGGAAAAUCAUUGCUAGAACAUGCCCUAUACCUUGGAAGUCAAGUAUAAAGACAUUGUGAGUAUUUUUUCACAAGUGGUAGUUUUACAAUGAAACUUGAAGACUCUUGUAAAGAAGCUUUUCCCAUACGUGAUGUCUACAUAAGCUUGAUUUCAAGCACAUUACUUUCCUCACUUAAGUUGGACAAGGUGAUGAAAAUAAAGCCAAUUAAAACUGUAUACAGGACAUCUAUGUAAAAUUGAGCUAAGGACGAUCAAUUUAUAACAUUUUCAGGUUAGUAUGUUUUUGUCACAUCAAACAUUCUUCACAACACCUCACAACUCAUACCUCUACAUUUGUGACUACCUAACUAUCCAUCUUUGUCAGUUUUUUCAAUAAUAUAUGCUUUAUUUUCAAGAAUCCGUAGUAUAGCAUUGUAGUGAAGAUCCUAUGAGACUGCGAUUUGGAUUUUUAUUCUGUUACAGGCUUACGAUGUCAGUACUCUCAAAUGAAAACAAUAUUUUGUAUUCAGCAAUUCCGAGAAAUUAUAAAAACACAUACAGUAUAAACGUAAACUAUAUUGUCAAAGAUCCAGUUUUGUAUUAUGAAAGUGAUUGCAAAUAGAUAUUGUUUCAUAUACUUAGAGUGGGUUUAUGUAGAUAACGUACUUAGAAUUACUAUUUAAUCUAUCAAAACUGCUUCGAUAUGCCCCAAAUAUAAUAAAAAAUGACUUUAAAGAAGAAUUUGGUGUGCUCUUACUCAAAACUCCACAAUUCUUUCUGUAUCUCUCCGUAUUUUGUUCUUGUGUUUUGGAUCAAUAUUCAUGUGAUAUUUUGUUUUUGGUUUCCAUGACUAACUCUGGUUAUUUUUGGGACAGACAUUGUACUGUAACACCUUUGCUAUCUUGUUUCCAGUUUUUAGGUUUGCGAUUCCGUACCCUAAAUUUGGAGGUAAUCGGCCAAAAUCACAUCACUACGUCACACACUUAUAGUCGACUUUUGAUGUGUUAUGCACUGUGUGCCGGUCAAGAGAGGGGUCACCCUUGGAUUUUAAACGUACAAUAACACAUGCUUGGGUCAUUAGAGAUUCAACAUUAGCAUUUCACACUAGGCCAUAACAGUUUUUAACAUUUUUAAACUGUAAUUUUUUUUUUAAAUUUCCCAGUUUAUCAAAGUGGUGAAAAUGCUUAAAGUAUUGUUUUUUCAAAGUUCCCACACUUGAAAUGUCCAGUCUUCAAUGUUUCAAAAGUUUGCAAAAUAUUCAGUUUUCAACAUUUCCAAAAUUUCAAAGUCUUUGAACAAUUCAAAAUUUUCAAAAUUUUGAAAAUUUCUGAUAUUUUGAAAGUUUUGGUUUUGGUUUUUGAAACCGUGACCUGAUCGCGAAAUUCGGAUAACGGUGAAAUUGUGGGCAUAUGUACUGAUAUAUGAAAAUACCGCGACGAUAUCGCUUGCAGGCCAUAUUACGCGUGGGUAUCUCACCCAUAUUCAAACGUUAACACCGUGAUGCCAUAGUGCCAUUCACCGUUGCCGUGAAGCAUCUAGUUCCCGCAGUCGUGAUCGCGUCACGCUGUUUCACUGUAUUUGGUAACUGUUGUGAUUCGUGAUUUAGAAAUAUCAGUUACUACUCACAGUUCGUAACAUAUCUGCUAACACUCCCUUAACUAUUGAAGAAGGCAGUGAUAUGACCCAACGGGGUUUUCCUUUCAUUAACUUUUCAUUCAUAUCUCCUAUGCAAGGAUGUAUCUAAUAUCAUAAAGACGCGACAAACUGACUAUCCAGAUGCAGUGCCAGUAUCGAACUGAAGCUGUUGUCUGGAUAUAGAAAAGUAGUAUUUCGCUACUUCAUCGCCAUGAUGGCUGAGGAAUUUUCUAGGAAAUAAGUAGCCAAACGUAUCAUGUGAUAUGUUUUUGAAACUCUGUGGGUCUACUCUUUUAUCACCGCGGUCAUAACUUCGAUGUCUGAUUUUUAUUGCAAAAAGUGCAGUCAAGCG